GCGUAAAUUGAGUUGAGCACAAAUUCAAGCAAUAAAUUCAUAUUCACAAAUAGAGUUAUCUAUAAUUUUUGCAAAUUCAACCUUUGUCAGAAAUGAAGGCAGCAACUACUUCUUGGGCUGAUGAACUCGAAGCAGACUAUGUCGAUGGACUGCCGCCAUCCAAAGAGACUGUGGACGGUGACUACAAGCAUGUGACCGAGUACAAAUACAACGAGGAAGGCAAGAAGAUCAAAGUGGUGCGCAGCUUUAAGAUCGAGAAAAAGAUUGUUUCGCGAGCCGUGGCCAAGCGUCGCAAUUGGGUCAAGUUCGGUGACUCGAAGGACGACAAACCUGGACCAAAUUCAUAUACAACGAAAGCAGCCGAUGAGAUACUAAUGAACUUCAUUGGCUCUAAAGAUUUUGAGCCAACACAAGAUUCACUUUUAGAUGCUGGCAAGCCGAUGGCAAAGUGUCGCAUUUGCAAUGGCGAACAUUGGUCUGUUAAAUGUCCCUAUAAAGGCACCUCUUUGGAUAUGGAAAGCAAGCCCAUAAUCGUGCCCAGCACAUCCACUGGAGAAUCGUCGAAGCCAGGACGUUAUGUGCCGCCUUACCUCAAGGAGAGCAGCAAGGGACGUGAACGGGAUGAUUCCUCUGCGGUGCGCAUUUCAAACUUAUCCGAAUCGAUGACCGAAGAUGAUCUCGAGGAGUUGGUUAAGAAGAUUGGUCCAUACACGAAAAUGUAUUUGGCUCGAGAAAAGAACUCUGGCUUAUGCAAAGGAUUUGCCUAUGUGCACUUUAAAUAUCGCAAAGACGCAGCGGAAGCGAUUGAAAUACUCAAUGGACAUGGCUAUGAUCAUCUAAUACUAAGUGUGGAGUGGUCAAAGCCGCAGAACUAAAGGCGAAAAGUUUGCAGUAACAAGUUGAAGCAAAGCCGUUAAUGCUUUGUUUUAAAUGUGUGAGCUCUUCACAUGUGACAACAUCAAGAAAAAUUCCCACAAACAGACGGAAGCUAAGGAAAAGCUGCUGAAACACCAGCAGACAUUGGCUGACUUGAACAUUAAUAAUUAAAUUGAGGAAAAGAAAAGUCCUGCCACACACACGCCCCAACUUCAGUUUUUACACACUUUUGCAAAGACUCUCAUGAUGUGGCCAAUGGAAUAGUGCGAGCUGUGAGAAACUGAACUUAAAUACACAUUUGAAUU